AUGGGGCGAGGCUGCUGGAUGUCCAGAGCGAGCUUCUGGGGGUCCGUAGGGCUCGUGGGUGAGUGUGUGGUCUGUACCAGCAAGUGGAGUGGGGUUGCACCCUCGGAGACCUGGACACCCGAGUACCAGCAACUGGGGAGACUGGUGGGAUCUCCGACCCAGCUACUGGAUAUUACCAUUUCCAAGAAUUCCUUGAAGAGAUGUCUGCUGCAGCUAGAAUGUCAUUUUACAUGGACUUUGCUGAGGCAGGAUGUGGAUCUCGAUGAGCUAGAGGAAACAACAGACAAUCAGAUUGAGUUUUUCAUAAAAUCCAACACCAUAAAUUAUAAUCUACUAUCUUAUAUUUGCCACUUAAAGAAUUCAAAUGAGGAAGCCCUGAGAAAUCUCCAAAAAGCUGAAGAGGAAGUUAAAAAAAAUCAUCCAGAUGAAAUUGCCAGGAGAAGUCUUGUUACCUGGGGGAACUAUGCCUGGGUCUAUUACCACAUGGAGAGAUACGAAGAAGCUCAAACUUACAUAAGCAAAGUGGAAAACAGCUGCAAAAAGCUUUCAAGUACUGCUCAGUGGAAGAUUCAGCUUCCAGAGAUCUAUGCUGAGCAAGGAUGGGCAUUACUGAAGUUUGGGAGAAAAUACUACCAGAGAGCAAAGGAUUGCUUUGAAAAUGCUCUGAAGAAUGAACCCAAUAACCCAGAAUUUAGUGCUGGCUAUGCAAUAGCAAUAUAUCGUUUGGAAUCAUUUUCUCACAGACAAUGCGAAGAUGCAAGCCUGUCCCUCGAGCCCCUGAAGCGUGCAGUGGAACUGAAUCCAAAGGAUACUUUCAUUAUGGCAUUACUUGCAUUAAAAUUUCAGGACUUAAAGCAAGUUGAUGAAGGGGAGAGGUACAUUGAAGAAGCAAUACAGAAAACCCCUAAUCUUCCUUAUUUGCUGCGAUAUGCUGCUAAAUUUUACAGAAGGAAAGGAGAAGUAGACAAGGCACUGGAGAUUUUGAAAAAGGCCUUAGCAGUGACACCAAAAUCUUCCUUUUUGCAUCACCAACUAGGACUCUGCUACAGAGAAAAGCUGUUUCAGCUGAGAAAGGCUACAAGAUAUCCACCUAAAGAGCAAGUGGAGGAACUCAUCCGACUUUCCAUUUUUCAUUUUAAAACAGUGACUGAUCAAAAGACAAAAUUUUUUGCUGCCCAUACUGACCUAGCAAACAUGUAUGCAGAAGGAAAGAGGUAUGAAGAAGCAGAAGAGACAUUUCAGAAAGCGUUUCAGAUAAAUAUUUUAUUGAAUGAUGAUAAACAAAAUUUCUACUACCGUUACGGCAAUUUUCAGCGUUUUCAUAUGAAAUCGGAAUCUGAAGCCAUUAGGUGUUACCUAGAAGGGCUGAAAAUUGAAGAAGAUUCUUAUGGAAGAAGUAGGUGCAUAAAUGCUCUGAAACAAAUGUUGGAACAGAAAACUCAAAGAGGUUUAGGAAAUGCAACAGAUUUUGGUACACUUGGACUUGUUCAUAAUCUAAACGGUGAGAAACAGAAAGCAAUUGAGUGCUAUGAGAAAGCCAUUGCAUUGUGUCCUGACAAUGAAGAAUAUCUGAAUGCAUUAUGUGAGCUACGACUUUCCAUCUCAAGCUAA